UUUUUAUCCCUAGCAUGGCAUCUUCUUUUCUCCAUCUUUUCUCUCUUCUUUUGUUUCUCUUCAUUCCAGUAUCAUCCCAGCUCAAUGAACUCUUUUUUCCAGGAUUCAAAGAUUCCACCACCAAUAUAACGUUAAGUGGAGUUGCAAGUUUUGAAAAAAAUGGCAUUCUUCGCUUAACAAACGAGACCAGUAGAUUGCAAGGUCAUGCCUUUUAUAGCUCACCAAUUCAGUUCAAGAACUUGACAACCGGCAAAGUCUUUUCUUUCUCUACCUCAUUUGCCGUGGCCAUAGUCCCUGAGUAUCCAAAACUUGGUGGCCAUGGCCUCGCCUUCACGAUCUCACCAUCAAAAAAUCUCAAAAGUCUUCCCAGUCAGUAUCUAGGGCUCUUCAAUUCCAGCGAUAUGGGGAACUUUUCGAAUCAUUUAUUUGCGGUUGAGUUUGAUACAGUUCAAGAUUUUGAGUUUCAAGACAUCAACGACAACCAUAUUGGCAUCGACAUCAACAGCUUGACCUCUAAUGCAUCUACUACUGCAGCUUACUUCAUUGACAGUUCAACAAAAGAAAAUUUGACUCUCAAGAGUGGGAAACCAAUCCAAGCUUGGAUCGAUUACGAUGCAGCUGAAAAUAUAAUCAAUGUCACCAUCUCUCCAUAUUCUUCCAAACCAAGAUUGCCCGUCUUGUCUUUUCGAGUGGAUCUUUCGCCAAUCUUUCACGAAUCCAUGUAUGUUGGCUUCUCUUCUUCUACAGGUUUACUCGCUAGCUCACAUUAUAUAUUGGGCUGGAGUUUUAAUAUUAAUGGACCAGCUCGGGGUCUUGAUAUCUCUUCUCUUCCUUCGCUUCCGGGUCCCAAGAAAAAAUAUUCAGGUUUAACCAUUGGUGUUUCAAUAGCAUCAGUGAUUCUCGCAAUAUGUAUGUUAUCUCUGGCCUUUUUUUACUUGAUUAGGAGAAUUAAAAACGCUGAAGUUAUCGAAGAUUGGGAGCUGGAUAUUGGGCCACAAAGAUUCACCUAUAAAGAGCUGAAGCAAGCAACUAACAAUUUUAGUGACAAGCAGCUACUUGGUCACGGUGGAUUUGGUCAAGUUUAUAAAGGAACGCUUUUGAUUUCAAAAACUGAGGUUGCUGUUAAACGAAUUUCACAUGACUCAAGACAAGGUGUACGUGAAUUUGUAUCCGAGGUAGCUAGCAUUGGCAGGCUUCGCCAUAGAAACUUGGUUCAGUUAGUGGGAUGGUGUAGGCGAAAAAGUGAUCUUCUUCUUGUGUAUGACUUUAUGUCUAAUGGGAGCCUAGAUAACUUCUUGUUUGAUAAGCCGAAAACGGUUCUUAAUUGGGAGCAAAGGUUGAAGAUUAUAAAAGGUGUUGCUUCAGGACUUCUUUAUUUGCAUGAAGGUUACGAACAAGUUGUCAUUCACAGAGAUGUUAAGGCUAGUAAUGUGCUGCUAGACAGUGAAUUAAAUGGAAAGGUGGGUGAUUUUGGUCUUGCAAGAUUGUAUGAACACGGGUCGAACCCGGGUACGACAAGGGUCGUGGGCACUCUGGGUUAUCUAGCACCAGAGUUACCCAAAACAGGGAAGGCCACUACAAGUUCAGACGUGUAUGCAUUUGGUGCACUUUUGCUAGAGGUUGCAUGUGGGCGGAGGCCUAUUGAGCCCAAGGCAGCGCCUGAAGAAUUAGUGUUGGUUGAUUGGGUGUGGGACAAAUAUAGAGAAGGGAAAGUCCUUGAUGUGAUUGACCGUAAACUAAAUGGUGAAUAUAAUGAGGGUGAGGUGUUUACGGUGAUUAAAUUGGGGAUAUUGUGUUCAAAUAAUGCGCCUCUGGCACGGCCUACUAUGAGACAAGUGGUGAGGUGCUUGGAUGGAGAGAUUGAAGUGCCAGAAAUAGUGAGACCACCGGAUGCAGUUGAUAGUGGGAAAGGUACAGUUGAAGGAUUUAAUGAGUUGUUCAACUCAUUUGCAUCUUCAUCGUUUGAUAAAAUGUCUUCUCAUUCAUUCGUGGAAAAUGGUGCUACUUUUGCUUCUCUUUCUACCUCUCCAUUGUCUCUUCUACCCGUUAGACGAGAGACAGGGUAGCAUUGAAACAGAGCAUAUUUUUUUUCUUUUUUUAAUUUUUGGAAUUUCUUGGUUGUAUUAGAAGUCCAGAUUUGUAAGAAAACGAUUCCCAAGAGAAAAGCUUCAUGCUGUAUAAUGUUGUGCCUUCAUUAUUAUUAUCUCGUGCUGUUGGGAAAGUGCGCAUUACAGUAAC